AAUAUAACAAAAUGAAAAACAUAAAAGCAAAUUUUCUACUACAACUCUGUGUCCUGGCAAUUAGCCUAAAUACUGCCUUUGCCUGUCAUGGCACUUUGUUAGUUGCGGGCAUUACCGAAGAAGAGAAAGAAAUCAUUUUAAGAGAACACAAUAGAUUAAGGCAAACUGUUGCCACCGGCCGCUAUCCCGGCCAGCCGGCAGCAGAGAACAUGCGUGAAAUUGUCUGGGAUGAUGAGCUGGCCGAACGUGCCCAAAAAUGGGCCGAGAAUUGUCAAUUUCGUCACGAUCCCCAUAGGACAAUAAAUCGCUUUACAAUGGGCCAAAAUUUGGCCAUUAUUUGGAGUACAGCCCCCUUGGAUCCAGAUGAUGGUGAUUUUCCAUCCCGCAUCCAAAGUUGGUUCAAUGAAGUACAAAAAUAUUCCUUUGGCGAUGCCUGGUCACCCAAAACAGGUCAUUAUUCUCAGUUGGUUUGGGGCGAAACCAGUCUGGUUGGUUGCGGUUUUGCUGAAUACAAAGACAAAUCGAAAUACAAUAAAUUAUAUGUUUGCAAUUAUGGACCUGGUGGCAACGUUGUCGGCUACAAUCCCUAUGAAGUUGGCAAGCCAUCAUGCAGUGCUUAUGGCAUGAAACCCUCCAAGCGUUACAAUGGCCUUUGCGCAGCACCCGAUCCCAGUACCGUCAACGACAACGCUAUUGAAACGUAUGAAUAUAAAAACACUAACAGCAACAACAACAACAAUUAUAAUUCAUUCAGUGCUUAUAAUACCAAACAAACACAAACGCAAUAUACCACCACUACUAAAUUCCAAAAUAACCCCAGCAACAACCACCACAAGAAAAUCACAACCUAUACUAAUAGCUUCAAACAUCAACAGGCGACAUCAUCGCAAACCACGUCAACAUUAUCGCAAAAAAGUGGGAGCUCAUUCGGUACCAAGAACUUCGGUGGGUCGCAGUCAUACACCACGGAGAGUUCACAGCAACAACAACAACAACCGCAUCAAUACAAGAACAAAUUGGAAUCAUAUAAACCAACAGCGGAGGAAUUUAAGAAAUCCGUAUUUAAACACACCGUAUUACGUACUUCUGUAGGUGAGCAGCAGCCCCAAACACAGUCGGCCCAACAGCAGCAACAACAGCACCAACAGGCCCAAGCCACCAAUAAACAUGGUUGGAGUCUAUUGACAUGGCGUGGUUAG